AUGGCGACGGUGCGGCGCCGUGCGGUGUGGGCCCUGGCGGUGCUUGCGCUGCUGUGCGGCUGCUGCUCCUCCGUGUGGGGGGCGGCGCCGGAGGUUGGGAGUACUCAUCCAACGCAUAACUCUCAACCUGUUGUGCUGCAGCACGAAUGGAUGCCGGUGAUUGUGCCGGUGGAAGUGUCGUGUGCGGAUGAAAGGAAGGUGUUGCAUUGGCGUUUUCCUGACAACGAGACUUGGGAGAGUUGCACAACUGCGGUGGAAGACUUUGGCUACACUGUUGUUGGGGAUACCGGCGAAGCGCAGAGUUAUUCUGCCACUGACCACGUUGUUGUGGUGGAUGUGUCUCAGUAUGGGGGCGAUGCUGGUGUUGGUGAGUCCAUCUGCCUCUCGGCCGCGUCGCUGUACCUGGAUGCGGGGUGCAAGACGAAGUGCAGUGCACCCGCACCUAAAGAUUCAUCAGCGAAGCAGACGGCGUUCACGAUGCAAUUUGAUACGUAUGCCACGAGCGGAGUGUACAAGAAGUGGCAGGAAACACGCAAGACCUCUGACAGCGCGUCUCUCCCUCUUGAUGGUGCAGGAACCGGUCUGCUUGGCAAGUCGGGUGUUUGCCCCUUAACAGACACCGUCGAAAGAACAGCUGCAAAGGCUGACGGUGCGCCUGAACACACCGCGCCACCACCUGCUCCCGCAGAAGAACCCGCAGCCUUACCGGUCGAUGCCGCAGCUUCGUCCAAAGCCACAGCCGGCUCAGAGAAGAGCGCGGCACAUCGACCCAGUGAAACGCAAACACCUUCAACCUCUGCACCGCCAUCGAAGGCGCCCCCUCCCACCCCUCCCGCCGACGGCGCAGAUGGAAGCACGACGGCGACGACCACCAGCAGUCCUGUUGCGGGGAAACACACAAAAAGCAAGGCGGACGGCAGCGACACCGCUUUUUUCAUGACGCGCACACCUUUACUGCUGUUGCCGCUGAUCAUGGCUGCCGUUGCCUGCGCUGCUGGGCAGUGGUGA